CCCCCUGACCAACAGCGAUUGAUCUUCGCCGGCAAGCAGCUCGAGGAUGGCCGAACACUCUCCGACUACAACAUCCAGAAGGAGAGCACCCUCCACCUUGUGCUCCGCCUCCGUGGUGGUGCCAAGAAGCGCAAGAAGAAGGUCUACACUACACCCAAGAAGAUCAAGCACAAGCGCAAGAAGACCAAGUUAGCUGUGCUUAAGUAUUACAAGGUCGACGGCGAUGGCAAGAUUGAGCGUCUCCGCCGCGAGUGUCCUGCUGACACCUGCGGUGCUGGUGUCUUCAUGGCUGCCAUGCAGGACCGACAGUACUGUGGUCGAUGCCACCUUACCUACGUCUUCGACAAGCAGUAAAUGCUUAUCGGGUCGUUUUGGAGUGUACACGGUUAGGAGUUCGGAACAUCGGAACGGGCUUACGGGAAUCAUAUAGGACAUGGAUGACUUAGCUCAGUUUCUAUGAAUACGAAUUCAUGCACAAGCACUAGUUCUUAUACUACUAUUUCUAGAUCGUGAAAUGUUAUUGCAUGGCCUCAAUACUCCUAGUUCUAGCACC